CUGGACGAGAUCCUCCAUUACAUAUCCUCCAUACCCCCUCCGUCCCUCCCUGCCUCUGGAAUUCAGCUUAUCUUGGAGAUCUCCUGCAGAGAGGUGAAACGCCCAAGCUAGUCAAUCCUAGCAGGAAAUAUAGGAUGCAAUGGAGAACAAUUUCGAACACACAAGCGCGACCACAAGGGAGUUUACACUUGAAUUCUUGGAACAAAUUACCGAUAAGUUUUCUGAGGAGCACAUCAUUGGUCGUGGUGGGUAUGGAGUAGUUUACAAGGGAGUAUUGGAAAAUGGGGAAGAGAUUGCUCUCAAAAAGCUUCAUCACAUGCCGGGACUUGACGACACGCAGUUUAGGAAUGAGUUUAAUAAUCUUAUGAGGGCCCAACAUCCAAAUAUUAUCCGGUUGGUUGGCUAUUGCUAUAAUCUAGGACAUCAACGCAUUAAGUAUGAUGGUGAAUAUAUUUUUGCCCUUGUGGAAGAAAGAGUUCUUUGCUUUGAAUAUUUGCAUGGUGGAAGCCUUGACAAGCAUAUUUCUGACGAAUCGUGUGGACUCGAUUGGCAGACACGUUUCAAAAUUAUUAAGGGAGUUUGUGAGGGUUUAAAUUACCUUCAUAAUGGAUCCAGAGAUCCUAUUUACCAUCUUGACUUGAAACCUGCAAACAUAUUAUUAGACCAGAACAUGGUCCCAAAAAUUGGAGAUUUUGGUUUGUCAAGACUCUUCCCAUCAGUACAAACCUAUAUCACUAUUAAAAUUAUAGGAACACCCGGAUACAUGCCACCAGAAUACAUCGAGAGAUAUGAAAUCACAUCAAAGUAUGACGUAUUCAGUUUGGGUGUUGUAAUCGUGCGGAUAGUGGCAGGAGAUGAAGGCUACUCCAAAUGUGCGCAUAUGUCUUCGCAAGAAUUUAUUGAACAUGUACAUGAAAACUGGGGGAAACGACUGCGGGAAACAAUGUCGUCAUAUACAUCAGAGGAGGUUAGGAUAUGUCUUGAAAUAGCACUGAGGUGUGUGGAGGUCGAUCGUGAGAAACGGCCUACUAUAGCAGAGAUUGUUGAUGAACUGAACAAGGUUGAUACUGCAGAAAGUUCACCUAAAGGCGAGGUCACCAACCACCGAAACAAGCAUUCCUUAAACCAAAAUACGAACUCAGAGCGGCGAGGCAGAAUCGUAUUCUCUGCCAACUACAGGCCCCCGCUGCCAUUCGACAUCUUCUCCUGCCCUUUCAUGCCUUUGUCCAUCAAAGAUGAGCUCCAUCUCACUGAUGGCAUGUCCUACAACUACAACGGCUGCCCAAUCCCUCCCGCUGCACUGAAGACCCUUCUGAAGAUCCCCAAGCUGGCUGAAGAAAGCAGCGCCACUGAUGCGGACGUCGACGCUGGCCAUGUCUCUGGCCUUCUCUUUAUCUCGGAGAGGGACCAAGGGCUUGAGACACUCUGCGUCAGCUUGUGGUUCAGUGCUGAUGGCAAGGUCAAGGUCUUCACCCUCGCCGACAUUUUUGGCUCAGCGGACUUCAGCGGCAUGCGCCUGGAGGAUAGUGGCUGCAUUGGCGGUGGCUACAGUGUAGGUUAUCGCAACGUCGACUACUCUCUCAUCUACGUCUCCACCAAGGAGGCAGUGCAGGAAUGCCGUAGCCCCUGGACUGUCGUGUACAGAACCAACCUCACAACAGGCAAGACGGAUCGCCUCACUCCACAAGGGGUGUUUGAUUUGAGCCCGGCGGUGUCGCCGUCAGGGAAGACUGUCGCAGUAGCAUCAUUUGAAGGGAGGAGUUGGAAUGGCGAGAUCGAGAACCUGAAGACAGAUAUCUACGUGAUGAACGUGGAUAGUGAGGAGUGUCAGGGCCUGGGUCGCAAGCUACUCAUUAAGAAUGGUGGUUGGCCAUCCUGGGGCAGCGACAACGUCAUCUUCUUCCAUCGAGGCACCGACAAAACCCUUCCCUCGAGCAUGGUUGAAACAGCUUGGGGCGUGUUCCGGUACAACAUCAGCACCAAGGUAACCAUCCAGGUUACUCCCGAAGAGUUGGACGCGGUGACUCCAGCGGCUAUCAGUGAGACCAAGGUGGCGGUGGCGACCAUCCGCCAGAAGUCCAAGUACAGCGACGUCCGUCUAAAGGCGCAAUACCGGCACAUUGAGGUCUUCGACACAAAUGCCCCGUGGCUGCCACCUGUACAGAUCACCCAGAAGACAAGGCCAGAAAGUGACCACUACAACCCCUUUGUGCUGGACGGUGGGCAGCGCAUUGGAUACCACCGCUGCAGGAGCGAUCUCCUGCAGCACGGAGACCUCGUCCCUCAGAACUUGCACAAGGUGGAGUCGCCGGUGAAGGAAGUCGGGUUGUAUCGGGUGUCUGGCAUGUUUCCGACCAUCUCCAAGGAUGGCUCCAAGCUCGCAUUUGUCGACAAUGAGUUCAAAGCGGUGUGGAUCGCUGAUAGCCAAGGGCUGCGUGUCGUGUACGAGAAAAGAGGGCCGGACAGCGUCUUCUGCCCUGUUUGGAACCAGAACCCAGACAAGGACAUCCUCUACAUCUGUGUUGGCCCCUCAUUCAACGCCCAGAAGCCACUGGAGAUCUACUCCAUCCGCAAUGCCUCCAGCAACGCACGACAGAAUGUCAAAAGGCUCACCCAUGGCGGGUUCAACAACGCAUUUCCGUCGAGCAGCCCGGACGGGAACAAAUUCGUGUUCCGGUCGACGAGGGAUGGAGGUGAGAAGAGGCACAAGAACCUGUACAUAAUGCUGGACACGGAUAUGGGUGAAUACGGUGAAGGCUGGGAGACGAGGCUGACGAAAGGGUCAUGGACAGACACCCAUUGCCAGUGGUCCCCGAACGGUGACUGGAUCGUCUUCUCAUCAACGCGCGGCAAACCGCCGCUGGGCUCUGGCAAUCUGAAUAACGGCACAGGGUACUACUCCCUGUACCUGGUGAAGGCAACUGACCCAAUGGUGCUGAUCAGGGUGGCGAGCAAUGGGGGCGACAUCGGUCACAUAAGCCACCCAGUUUUCAGCCCGGACGGGAGGAGCAUCGCCGUGACGGCAGACCUAGCGGCGGUGUCUGUGGACCCGAUCUCGCUGCCAAAGUUCAUGCAUGCAGUGCGGCCCUAUGGUGACAUCUUCUUGGUGGACAUCGACAACCCAGACAACAAGAAAAAGAAUGAAGACAUGAUCAAGGGGUUCCACCGGGUCACGCACAGCAGGUACGAGUGCGGGACGCCGGCGUGGACGACGACCUUGACCGGUGCGACGGAGCCAAAUGUGCAGUGGAACAUGUUGCUGGACAUGGAUCAGUUGUACAAACCGGUGUGUCCGUACGUCCACCCCGACGGGGGCGAGAGCUGGCACAUGACCGGCCACCUCUGCAUCCCCAAGAGAGCCUGCUGAUGACAAUUGCUACAUGAAACAUGAAGGCACAAGUGUUGUAUGCAUGCCAAGCUAAUCAGGCUCAGUACUG